GGGAUAGCAAUCUUCAGGGUCAACAUAUCUGCUUGUGUGUUGUAGAGAGAGAUGGACAACCUCACGGAAGAGAUGAACAACUUCACGGAAGACUUUAUCGGCAACACCAGCGCUGGCAACCGGACGGAACCACACGGGCUGACCGCCGUGGCCUACGUCAUGCCGACCGUGUGCGGAGUCAUCCUGCUGAUCGGCGGCGUCGGCAACUCGCUGGUGAUCUACAUCGUGGCCCGCUUCAGCGAGAUGAGAACCGUCACCAACUAUUACAUCGUCAACCUGGCCGUCACCGACCUGGCCUUCCUGGUCUGCUGUAUCCCCUUCACUACCAUCAACUACCUGACGUACGGCUGGAUCUUCGGCAAAACCAUGUGCACCUUCGUUUUCUAUAUGAUGCAGGUUACAGUCCAGGCCACGUGCAUCACGCUUGCAGUGCUGAGUAUUGACCGCUACUGCGCCAUUGUACACCCGCUCCGCUCCAUCAACUUCCGCACGCCCAAGGUGGCAGCCGUUACCAGUGGCUGUACAUGGAUAGGUUCCUUCCUCCUUGCCCUGCCCCUUGGGAUGAACCUUCAGCUCAAAGAGGUCAACAACUUCGGACCUCAGGUGAUCUGCAAGGAGGUCUGGCCAAGUACGUCAGCACAGAGAAGCUACAUGCUGUACACCUUCCUCAUCACCUACGUCAUCCCGCUGGUCUUCUGCACCUUCAGCUGCUCCCUCAUCGUCCGCAGCAUCCUCAACCGCUUCAGCAUGAGCCACGCCCAGAAGGCGGACAUCCACGCCAAGCAGGCCCGCCGGACAUCCUGCAUGGUGGUGGGUGUGGUGGUUCUCUUCGCCUGCUGUUGGCUACCAAACCAUGUCAUCAACAUGUGGGCCGUGUUUAAGACACAGACAAAAAUGGAAAAAAUCUCCGAAACAACCGCCUGGCUUAAAACCGUUGCGCUUAUUCUGUGCUAUUCCAAUUCUGCGGUAAACCCUUUCGUGUACACCCUGUUAGGGGAGAACUACCGACGAUGUAUUAAGCUAUCCUUCCCAUGUCUGUUCAGGCAACCACCCUCUGUUCAGGGUGUAUCUUUUAAGAGAUCUAACGGUUGCACUGGAGCUAGACUAGCGCAGGCACAGACCAGAUGGUCGGUUGGAAAGUCGUCAACCGCAAGGCCAGUUAUUGUCACAUUCAAUGCCAAAAACACAUCUACCACAGCAGUAACUAUGAGCUACUGUAAUCAAGAUGAACAGAAGUAGAAGCCUCCAAUUUCACACAUUACUCACCAAUCUGUCAAGGGGUUAUGUAACAAAACAUGUAGCGACAUGAUAAUCAAUAUCUAUAAGAAUUUGCUGCAUUUAUCAUGGAAAGGAGAAUCGUUUUUGGCAAGUAU